AUGACAUCGACUAAUGUUAUUUCGACAGAACCAACUUCAUUCUUUUAUCAAGAUUUAAUAUUUAAUGCUCAAGCUAUUCAACAUCAAACGAUUGAAAUUGCAAAAUUUUUGAAUGAACGAUGUAAAAAUAACAAGAGAAUACAAAAGAAAUUAAAAUCACGUCCAUUAACAAUUGUUGAUCCAUAUGGAAAUCCAACAACAGAAGAAUAUAUGGAUCAUGAAUUAAUCAGUACAUUGUUUAGGAAAUAUAAGAAGGACUAUGUACCAAAAUAUUUACAACAAUGGAUAAAAAUUGGAACGAUGAAACAAAAUGUUAAUAUUUCGCCAUUGAAUGAUUUGGAAUUACAAUCAUGUGUAUUCACAUAUCCAGAUAGUUAUCAUUUUAUUACAUAUGGUGAAGUCAAUAUCUGGAUAGACUAUCAUAAAUAUGUAUCACCUCUAAAAUAUGUAUUACGUGUUCUCCUAACUGAUAAUGUAGAAGAGAUUAAAAUGCGAGUACAAAAACUUCAAAAACUUUCAAAUAUGGAAGUAAAAUCAUUUAUAUUAAAUCAAGAUUCUUCAAUGAGUGAAGCACAUUGGAAUAAUGGUCAAACUCUAAAGUCAGAUGAUACCAUCUUGUCAUGUAAGUUAUAUCAAGAUAAUUGUAUCAUCAUGAUAAAAGCUUUGUUAGAAAAAACUGAUGUUACAGAAUCUAUUUCUUGUUUUCAAAUGUUUGUGAAAACUCUUACUGGAAAGACGAUUACUUUACAAGUCGAAUCUUGCAUGGUUAUAGCGAGUGUGAAACAAAUGAUUGAAGAUAAGGAAGGUAUUCCAAUUGAUCAGCAACGUUUUAUAUUUGCCGGAAUGCAGCUAAUGGAUGACAUAACUCUUUCAGAAUAUAAAAUACAGAAGGAAGCGACACUUCAUUUGGUGCUACGUUUGCGCGGUGGAAUGUAUCAUUUUACUAGUGGUCGACACAAUUUUGAUAUAUUGUCAUACACAGAAGCCGAAGCAAUAAAAAAUGUUCUUGCAUUCAAAUUUGAACGUAUGAAUCAUCCUGAACGUUUGUCACCAGUCAGACUACAAAAUUCUGUUUUAAAAGGACAAAUGGCUCUAUGGAAAUUAUAUAACGAAAUCAGUUGUUUUCGUGUUCCUUGUGACCUCCCACAUAUUGGAGAUAUCAUGUCAUCAAAAAUUGCUGAUAAUCUAGAUGAGAAUAAUACUGAAGACGAUAAUGAUGAUAUGGAUGUUUCAAAUGAACCAUGA